UGGCUCCAGCUUUAUGAGACUUGAUAAACAAUUACAAGAAGAACCAAUGACUUUACAAAAUAUGUUAAAAGAGAUAUUUUUUGAAAUUACUAAGAGACUCGUGCCUGGAAUUUCAAAUUUUUAUGAAAAACAAAAAAUAAACGAUUGGUUAAAGAAAAAUAUAACAAUAAAAUUUCCUCAUUGGAUAAAUGAAUAUAAUCUAGAACAUGGUCUUUUAGUAACAUCAAAUAGAUUACUACAUAGUGAGAAAAAAGCUAUAGAGUUUUUAUGUAAACCCAAAUAA